GAACAGGAACGUAGCUUACAAAAUGUGACAAAAAUUAUUUUUCUAAUGUCAAGUUGACAUAGGAUUUUUUAAAGCUUACUUCAACUGCAACAUGGUUUUCAUUUAAAUUCAUGGCGAAUGAAGUACUAAUUCCUAAAGAAGUGGCACAUUCUGUUCCAAAGAAGGCACUCACAAUGGGAAUCUGCAGAAACAUGUCAAGGCAACAAAGAAGGCUAGGAGGAAACAGAGCUGCACUUUUUGUAUACGCUAUGGAAGGGCUAGAGAGCAUGGCUUUCGUUUCCAAUGCUGUGAGCCUAGUAACUUACUUCUUUGGGUACAUGAACUUCAGCAUAACAAAAUCUGCCACAACCCUGACCAAUUUUUUGGGAACUGCCUUUUUACUGCCACUAUUUGGUGGAAUAAUCAGCGAUACCUAUCUCUCUAGAUUCAAGACUUGUGUUCUGUUUGCCUGCAUGGAAUUCCUGGGAUUUGGUAUUCUAGCAGUUCAAGCAAAGUCCCAGAAAUUAAGACCCAUCCCCUGCAAAGAUUUAGCAGUAUCCGAGAUGAGUGAAUGUAAGGUUGCCACAGGAGGCCAAAUUGCAAUGCUUUAUAGUGGGCUAUACCUUGUUGCAUUAGGAACCGGUGGUAUUAAGGCUGCUUUACCUGCGUUGGGGGCUGAUCAGUUUGAUGAAAAAGAUCCGAAGGAGGCAUCUCAACUAUCAAGCUUUUUCAACUGGUUCUUGUUCAGUCUUACCAUAGGAUCAAUAAUUGGUGUUACUUUCAUUGUUUGGAUCGGUGCCAACCAGGGAUGGGAUUGGAGCUUUAUCAUAUGCACCAUAGCACUUCUUUUCGCAAUUCUCUUCAUAUGCAUGGGAAAAUCAUUAUACCGAAACAAUGUUCCAAAGGGAAGUCCUCUACUUCGAAUCCUACAGGUGUUCGUGGUAGCCGUCAGAAACAGAAAACUUCAGAUUCCAGAUAAUACAGACGAACUGCAUGAGAUUCAUGAAAAGCAAAGAGGGGACAAUGUUGAAAUUCUUAAAAGAACAGGACAGUUCAGAUUCUUAGACCGAGCAGCAGUUGUUGAAAGCAGCACGGGUACCUCAACCUCCGAACACUGGAGACUGUGCACAGUGACCCAAGUGGAAGAAACAAAAAUCCUAAUCCGCAUGCUACCGAUAAUACUAAGCACCAUCUUCAUGAACACUUGUUUGGCUCAACUUCAGACCUUCACAGUACAACAAAGCACCACCAUGAAUGCCAAAAUAGGGGGCUUUAAAGUGCCAGGAGCCUCUCUCCCAGUCAUCCCUCUGUUGUUCAUGUUUAUCCUAAUUCCCUUAUACGACCGUGUUUUUGUCCCGGUUGCUCGAAGAAUAACGGGGAUUCCCACCGGAAUUCGACACCUUCAGAGGAUUGGAAUCGGUUUGGUUCUGUCUGCUGCUUCCAUGGCAGUGGCAGGUUUUGUGGAAACACACCGCAAGUCUGUAGCCAUCGAACACAACAUGGUGGACAGCACAGAGGCUUUGCCAAUGAGUGUGUUCUGGCUGGGGUUCCAAUAUGGUAUUUUUGGAGCUGCGGACAUGUUUUCACUGAUAGGUUUAUUGGAGUUUUUCUAUGCAGAAAGUUCAGCCGGAAUGAAGUCACUUGGCACUGCAAUCUCCUGGUGUUCUGUGGCAUUCGGAUACUUUACAAGCACAGUGGUCGUUGAGGUGGUUAACAAAGUGAGUGGAGGCUGGUUGGCUAGCAAUAACUUGAAUAGGGACAAGCUCAACUACUUCUACUGGAUGUUGUCCGUCAUAAGUGUUGUCAACUUUGGAUUUUACUUAUUUUGUGCUUCUUCGUAUACAUACAAAACGGUGCAAGUCCACCAAGAUGAUUCAAAAGAUAAUGUCGACAUCACCAAGGUUUAGAUACAUUGAGUAUAAUUUUUAUGUAGCUCUGUUAUAUGUUAUAAAUAUUAGAAGCCUCCAUGAACAGUCCCUUGUAAGUGAAACAACCAAUGGAAAUUGCAGAACAGUGUUUGAUCAAUAGCAACUUAUCAAAAGCUCAACAGAUAAACCAAAAGCAUUGCUU